CCUUCCCGCCGCCUCCGAUCCCUCUCCCGGCCGCGCCCGGCGGUGGCGAGGCCCGCUGCUGGCCGGCUCGCCCCCAGACUAGCCAGGUGGGCUCGCUCGUGGCCCGUGGCGCUGAGGGGAGCCCGCUCGCCCCUCGCUUCAGCCCGCAGGCCGCGCAGGGCCGGCCUGAGACCCUCUGACAGGGUUGCAUCCAGCCUGACAGACGGCUGCUGCUGGUCCCGGCGUUAUCUCGGGUUUUUGUCAGAACAAGAACAUGGGGGACAUGACACCAGCAGAGGAGGUUGAGCUCAGGGCUGCUUGCUACCAGCUGUUUGAAUACAACAUGAGGAGUGAAGCAAGAAGACUGAGGACUUUUUGGCAGUGGCCAGGCACUUCACCUGUAUCUGCCCGAGAUUUGGUCAAGGCUGGCUUUUUCUUUGUGGGUCCAAGAGAUGAAGUACAGUGUUUCUGCUGUGGUGGUGUCCUGAGGGACUGGAGACCUGGUGAUUGCCCAGUAACAGAGCACCUGAAGUACUUCCCUUCCUGUAAAUUCAUUUGUGGUGAGGAUGUUGGGAACCAAGAGAUGCUUCCUCUUCAGGAAGUCUUUGACACUGUGGAUGGGCAGUUCCUCAGUCUUUUGCAGGGGAUAGACAGUGAGGAGACAGCCCUGCCUGAUGAUCCAGAAUACCCAGAGAUGGUAACAGAGGAGAUGAGGCUAUCUACAUUUCGGAACUGGCCACAAUAUACUGACAUGCGUCCAGAGCAACUGGCUAGAGCAGGAUUCUUUUACACAGGACAUGGUGAUACGGUGAGGUGUUUUUACUGUGAUGGAAGUGUGAGGAACUGGUCGUUUGGAGAUGAUCCUUGGAGGGAACAUGCCAAAUGGUAUCCAGGGUGUGAAUUUUUACUGCGGUCAAGGGGGAGAGAAUUUGUUAGCAGUGUUCAGGAGUCCUCUUCUAGCACCCUGUCACCAAGAGAUUCCUGGGAUGAGACUGAACAAGAUUCCAUUGCUUCCCAAGAUGCUGUUCAGAGAGAGGCUGAAACAUCGAGUUCAAGAGAAGAAAUGCAAUCUGUGCAACAGAAGGAAUCAGAUGAGUCUCGGAUGAGCACGGAAGAACAGCUCCGACGCCUGCAAGAGGAAAGGAUGUGCAAAGUGUGCAUGGACAGAGAUGUGUCUGUUGUGUUUGUUCCUUGUGGCCACCUGAUAGCUUGUGGAGAAUGUGCCCUCAAUUUGAGAUUGUGUCCGAUCUGCAGAGCAGUCAUCCAAGGAAGUGUGAGGACUUUCAUGUCCUGAACGAUGAUGUGCCUAAGGGGAAGGAUAAGUCUAUACAACUAGUUCAUAAUACAGCAGAGGAAGAAAAUAAGUAAAUAGUUCAAUUGAUGUUGGAGCAAUCUUACUUGCAGGGUAGUUUGGUGUAAGUGUAAAAAAAACUUACUAAAUGUGCCUCAUACACAGUGUCUCUAGUAAGAGUUGCUAGUUUGCUGUACUCUUGCUGAUCUUGCUGUAGGACUGCUCCAGGAAAAACUCUGCUGGUUUCUUUUGUCCUCCAAAAAGGACAGAGGUUCUCCUUCUCCAAGUCCUUGCAUUCUCAAAUGAACCCUGGCUCUGUGUUGAAAUCAAAGGCUGUUUUCAGUAGACUGUCCCUGGUUCUCUUUCACUCAUUUAGCAGUUGUUUAGAGAUUAUUCUGCUAGGGUUGAUGGCUUCCUUCAGUAAGUCUGAGUCAAAAUGGGAGUGUUUUUAUACAAAAUGCAUACUGUUGAGACUAGAAUACAUGGCAGCGAUGUAUUGUGGGGAAGGGAGAAUGUAGCUUUUUAUUCUGAGCUCUUUGCUGUCUUUUUCCCCCCCCUUGUUGAAUUUUCAAUAAUUGAUGAAACAUUUUGGUAGUACUUAAAUCUGCAUAACUAAGUGAAAAACCUGGCCUGUAGUAGACUCUCCAACCAACCUCUUUACUCUCAGUUGACCUACCUAGAUAAAAGGUGAAAGGCUCUUUGAUAGGGUUGCUAGAUGAUCUCAUGGAAGCUUCUUAUAGACCCUCUUCCCUACCUGUUGGGUACUAUCCUACUAGAAGGUAACUAUGGAAACUUACCUUUUCAGGACAUUCGUUUGCUAGCUAAACUGGUGAUUCUUAUUUAUAAAUGGAACAUUCAGUCAUGUAGUCAAAAAGAGGAAAGUUUCUAUAACUAUAACUAUAGCUUGUUAACUGCAGGGAAAAAAAAAGUUUUUGAAAUUUAACUUUUUAAUGGAAUAAAAUUUCUUUUGUUUAUCUUA